CUUUCUAUAUACUCAUAUGACGGCGGUGAUGGUUGUGUGUACGGGUAACAUUUAAUCUGUAUAGCACUUCAAGAUCUAUACAAAUUGCAGCUCCCAUAGAGUAAAACAUCUCUACCUAUAUUCACUACCAUCUCUAUCCAUUAAGUGAUCUGAUCUUUUAAGUCUCCCUACUGACUCGGCGCUAACAACAUGACUACUGAAUGUAUUAGAUUUACUUUAUUUUGCCCGUGUAUUGUAUCAUGACAUUCUCUCUCUCUCUCUCUCUCUCUCUCUCUCUCUCUCUCUCUCUCUCUCUCUCUCUCUCUCUCUCAACAGGAUAUCUCGUAUAGCAGCAAAAACAAUCUAUAAACAAUUUUGCAGUGACUGAGUGGUGACGUUGAAUGGUUUAAUGGCAACAAAGCUGUCCUCAUGUGAAGUCAGAAAACCAGUGAGCUCGUGAACUACUGUGGCCAACACGCGGCGAACAAUUGAGAAAGCUGAAGAAAAAUUGCUGCUUCUGUGAGCCUUAGAACAUUAUGCCCAGCAGUGUGAGAGUCCGCGUGUGAUGAUUAGUAAGUGGAAUGCUGGCGAAGACUGACUAAGCCUCGAACUGACAGUGUAAAUAGCGCUACUGAGCGAGUGCAGACGGCAGGGAGGCGCAGAGGAGGACGCGGCGGUGAUGGAGAUGAUACCCCGUGAUCUUGGGGGGCCGCCCUUACCCUCCCCUCUGCUGCUGAUGCUGCCGCCACUGCUGCUGCUGGCUGCUGGCACCGCCCCACCCGCUCACGCGCUGUGCUUCCAAGACGGCAUCUACUACCCGAAUGGGAGUGAAUGGCACCAGGAAGUGUGUGUAGGGUGCCGGUGUCACGGGCACGUGGCGGUGUGUGAGCGGGAGGUGUGCGAGUUGUCUGCGUGCCCACCAUCACAGCAGUUAAUACACAGCCCCGAACACUGCUGUCCACACUGCCUUCCACCUCCUACUCCUUGCCAUGCUGGAGAUUCUCUCUUCCAGGCCGGGGAGGUUUGGUCUCCUGGAGGGUGUGAGCAAUGUCAGUGUAUCAGUGGAACUGUGUCCUGUGGACGCAAACCCUGCAAUGUUACCAGCUGUCCUGAGGGUCAGGUGCUGCUGCAGCUCCCUGAAAAGUGCUGCCCUGAGUGUGUACCUUUGGGUCGCCCAUGUAAAAUGGGAAAUGAAGUUCACACUGAUGGUGCUCUGUGGUCACCAGUAGCAUGUACACAGUGCCAGUGUCGUGACGGCAGGGCACUGUGCUAUGUAGCUCAGUGUCCUCAUCUUGCCUGCCCAGCCAAUCACACAUUGGAGGUGAACCAGGGGUCAUGCUGCCCUAGAUGUGUGGGAUCUCCUUGUGUGGUGCAGGGUAGGGUGUUCCAAUCUGAGGAGCAGUGGAAGGAUAGUGCAUGUCGUGAAUGUGUGUGCAUGGCAGGGCGCAUCUUUUGCCACCAGCAGGAGUGUCCCAGCCUUCAGUGUGCAGAGGGUGAGGAGUCACACCAGGAGGAAGGUGUCUGCUGCCCUAAAUGCAUCAAGACUCAAGGUUGGUGUCUGCUGAAGAAUGGCACAAGCAUAGCUCCGGGGAAGGUGUUGAGAAGGACUGCAUGUGAUGUGUGUGUGUGUCAGGAAGGCAAGGUUGUGUGUCAGAAGGUAGAGUGUGGCAGGACAAAGUGUGGUGUGGGAGAGUCCCUAAUCAAUCGGCCUGGCUCUUGCUGCCCUGAGUGUGUUGUGGACCAGUCCUUGUGCCUUAUGGAUGGUGCACUCAAAAAGAGUGGAGAUGUGUGGAAGUCGGGAAAAUGUCAAGUGUGUUCCUGUAACAGAGGAGAGGUUACUUGCUACCAGCCGUCCUGUCCUUUGUGUCCUGAGGGGAUGGUACCUAUAUUGAAUGACAACAGUGACUGCUGUCCACUGUGUCAACCUAUUACAUGCCCCAGCCACUGCUCGCUGUGUGUUCCUGGCAACCCUGAGCCUCUGUGCACAGUCUGCCUAAAAGGUUCCUAUCGUGACUCAGGGAUGUGUGUCAAGGAAUGCAGUAAAGGCACCUUCCAGCAAGGAGCGGAGUGUGUUCCAUGCCACCCAUCCUGCUCCACAUGCUCUGAGGCGUCCAGCUUCCACUGCACAAGGUGCAAAGACAGUGAGGUGUUACACGAAGGCCAGUGUUUAAGUGACUGUGGUCGAGGAUUUUAUGCCAGCGGAGGAAGGUGCCAUUUGUGCCAUGCAUCCUGCAGUGAGUGUGCUGGGCCGGGAGCUGACCAGUGCCAGGUGUGCCCUGCCAAGACUUUCCUGCAUGCUGGUGUCUGCAUUGAAGGCUGUCCCAGGGGAUACUAUGCCAGAGAGCAAGUUUGUGAGAAAUGUCAGGAGGAGUGUGAGGUGUGUGGGUUGGGGCAGUGUCUGCGAUGCCAUUCAUCAUUUUUUUUAGAGGAUGGACACUGCCUGGAAGACUGCUCAUCGGGCUUCUACAAGAGUCAGGAUAACACUUGUCUCAGUUGCCAUCCUUCAUGCAAAACCUGCAAUGGUGCCAGGAUUUCUUCCUGUACUUCAUGUCCUCAUUACCUUUUCUUGAGUGGGUCAUACUGUCUGAGUGCAUGCCCAAGAGGAACCUAUGCUGAGGGAGGGCUGUGUCUUCCUUGCCAUGAAUCUUGCUCACAUUGUUUGGGCAAAGGUCAUGAAAGUUGUGUGGAGUGCUCCCAGGCUGGACAGGUUGUGGUGGUGGAAGGACAGGAAAACCCAUCAGGUACAUGUCAAGAUGCCUGUUCUUCAACUCACCAGAUGCAAAGCAAUGUAUGUGUAGCGCCCCCUGUUGGAUGUGAGGUGUGGCACGUGGCAGAUCCAUUUCACUGCCAGCAGUGCCAUGCUGGGUGGAAGCAGCAGAGAUACAUCUGUGUGAAAAAAUGUGAUCCUGGUUUCUAUGACAAUUCCAAGAAAGGUGUUUGCAUAGAGUGUGAUCCACGGUGCAAGACUUGCUCAGGCCCUGGCCACAGGAGCUGCCUAACCUGCCACAAGAGAGCCACACUCCAUCCAAAAACUGGAGCAGAGUGCCUCACCAAGUGCCCUCGGAGACGUUAUCUGGCAUUGGAUAACACAUGCCAAAUGUGCCAUCCAUCGUGCAAUGCCUGUGCCCAGGAUCACACCAACUCCACUGCAAGCAUUUGUCUGCGGUGCAAGGCAGACUUUAGGCACACUGAGGCAGACCACUGUGUGCAGGAGUGCAGUGAGGGAUACUUCCUGAAUAGCAACUCAGACACCUGUGAGAAGUGCCAUCCUCAUUGUGCCACCUGUGAUGGCCCUCAUGUGACCAGCUGCCUCACCUGCCCUGAGGGAACCAACCUUACAGCUCAGGGAAUAUGUGAAGUAAUCCAGUGUUCAAGUGGCUUCUAUUUGAAUCAAGAGGGACUUUGCUCCAGAUGUGAAGGCGAUUGUAGCACUUGCUCUAGUGAUGGUGUGACUUGCCUCACCUGCCAAACUUUCCAACACCUCCUCUAUGGGAAGUGUGUUGAUCAGUGUCCCCCAAUGUUUUUUGUGGACUCAAACUCUGAUGGAGAAUGUCGAGAAUGUCACUGGACUUGUGAAAAAUGUUUGGGUCCUUCAGUGGAAGACUGUCUUGAGUGCAGAGAGGGCAUGGUACAGGAGGGAAGCAGCUGCCUCACUGAGUGUUCCUCAGGACUCUACCAGGAUGGCCAGAAGUGCCGUCCUUGUCCUGGAGGCUGCAGUCUUUGCAACACCAGCUCCAUCUGCCUGGCCUGCCACAGUCCCUACCUGCUGCAACAUGGCCAUUGUGUGACUUCCUGCAAACCAGGAACUUUUGCCAAUGUAUUUGAUAACGUUUGCCAUGAAUGUGGAAGUGAGUGCGAGGAGUGUUCCCUGUACGAGUGUUUACGCUGCCGCCUGCCCCACCUGCUUCAGGGAGGCCAGUGUGUGGAGCACUGCAGUCCCAACUACCUGCCAGAGUUUGGAGUCUGUCACUACAAUGCUGUGGGACCUUCCCUUCGCCUCUUGGGUCCUUUAGUUGCUGAGUAUGGAAAACUGUCUCCUCUGAAUGAUUCUGUUCUGCACAUUAUGGAUGUUGACACUUCUAGAGAUAGACUAAGUGUGACAUUAGAAGAAUUACCCUCGAAUGGAGUUCUCUUGAGAAUGGUUAAUGGCAGUAGUCAUAAGUUGAAGAAGAAUGGUAACUUCACUGCUGCUGAAAUGUCUGAGAGCAAGAUAUAUUACAAGUACCAGACCAACCAGCCUUUGUAUGGAGAGAUGCGAUUAAGUGUGUCGGACAGCCACUUCAAGGUUGGACCAGAAGUGAUUUCUAUAAAUGUGAUCUCAUUUCAUCCUCCUAGAGUGGUUACCAAUGAACCUUUGCUAGUAUUUCAUGGGAAGGCAGCGCCAUUAAGUAAUGAUAUUUUAAAGAUUCUUGACUUGGACAAUCCAGAAAGCGUAACCAUCAAGCUAGUGGAUGGGCCACACCAUGGCCAACUGUCUGUGGCUGGGGAAGAACUGGUCAUGUUCUCCUUGGAGGAACUGGCUCAAGAAAAAGUGAUAUACUCUCAUGAUGGUUCAGAUAAAGAAUCAGACCUUGUUCUUCUCCAGGCCAGUGAUGAAUAUAAUGUUGUGAACUUAUUGCUGAAAGUGUUCAUUGUUGAUGAGGAAGACACACAUCCUGUGUUGAUCAGAAAUUUUGGUGCACAAGUGGACAAGGGCGGACAAGUGCAGAUCACUCCUCAGAUGCUUCAGGCUUCAGACAUUGAUUCAGAAGAUGAAAAUUUACUCUUUACUCUUCUUCCUAUGCUGGAAAAUUCUGGCCAGGGUAAACUGGCCCUGGUCAUACCACUGCCUGCUGCCCCGGAUGGCUUCUUUAAUGAUGGAUGGACUCGGAUGGAUGAAACACACUUGGUGAGGCCCACCACAAGCUUUACACAACGGGACGUGGAUGAGGGUCGAGUGUGGUACUUGCACUCUGGUGAUCUGAUGGGUGGUGACGGUGUGUCAGACCAGCUGUUGUUCUCAGUAGCUGACAGUUCUCACCCACCUAACAUCUUGUCUGACCAAACCUUCAUCAUCAAUGUGGAACCCUCAAGACCAGGGGCUGAAGUGUCUCAUGCACCAGGCACUCAACUCAUUGCCACAGUUCAAGAAGGGCAAGCCUUAACUCUGACCCCGAGUCAUCUCUCAUUAUCUGGAAUGGUUCCCUCAGAGCACCUUGUGUACACCAUCACUUAUCCUUUGGGCCCUAUGGACGGCUCCCUGUUUCACAUUGACUCCCCGGGCCUUGAGCUGCGACAGUUCAUGCAAGCAGACAUUAGUGACAUGAAGAUAAUAUAUAUGCCUCCAUUUAGUGAUAUGGGACAAGAGGAUAAAUAUUUCAGUUUUAAAUUUACAGUCUCGGACACAAUGGGAGAUGGGUCAAAUCAUCUCCCAGAGCAGAAGUUUACAUUCCAUGUGGUGCCUCAGAAAGGAAGUCAACUCUCAUUUGCCCAUCCUGACCCUGAUCUCCUCAUAAACAGUCAUGAGACAGUAGUGCUCCAGCCUGAACUUUUUGAACUGGUCGGACUGUCACCUGAAGAAGAUGUGUUCUUCAUUCUUCUAGAGGCCCCUCUUUUUGGCACCAUCACAAGAGAGGAACAAGGAAAUUCAUACCUAUUCACAGAGGAGGAAGGCCUGAACCUCGUUGAAAUGAGACAGUCCCAUCUUAUGUACAAUCAUGGUGGUUCUGAAGCAACUCAGGACUCCAUGGUGUUUCUGGCCCUGGGGCACUCUUCUGAGGCCAGUUCUCGCAUCAGCAUCACAGUGCGUCAUCACCACACUAAUGACUACCGUUUGAUCAAGAGUGACAAUGCCACAUUGUCUGUGACAUUAAGUGAAUAUGAAUCAAAAGUCAUCAGUAGUUCUCAUCUGCGCUUCACAGAUCAUCGCUCCCGAGAUGAAGAACUUGUUUACACUAUAAUUUCUCAGCCACAGUUUGGUUCUUUAGUUCUAAGAGAAUCACCUGAUGUUGUAAGAGUGCUUAACAACACUAACAAGUUCACACAAGCAGAUAUUGUGUGGGGCCACAUCAACUAUACCUCUCACACAGAGAUUGGCCCAGAACAGGUAGAUGACCAGGUCUCCUUCAAUAUCACAGACUCUGGAAACAAUGUGCUUUCAAAUCAGGUGUUAAGAGUAACAAUUCUUAGUGUGGACAACAGCAAUCCUGAUGUGGAGGUAGGAGGUCCAGUGCUGGUGGCUGAGGGAGGCAGCGUGGUGAUGCCUGCAUCUUCUAUCAUUGCCUUAGAUCUGGACACUCUGCCAUCCAAACUUGAGGUGGUGCUAGAUUCACAACCAAUCUUUGGAUAUCUCAGCAACAAAGAUGCUGACAAUGUUGGUUUGCAAAGGACAGAACCCUUAGCCAGCUUUCCCCUGUCGGCCUUGCAAGACAGCAGCGUGUGGUACAUCCAGUCACUGCACCGUGACCAGGAGCCUGACCAGGACACUUUUCUCUUUCAUGUUACUGAUGGCACAAAUGAUUCUCCAGUUAAAAGAUUUAAUAUAACUAUCAAGCCAGUCAAUGAUGAACCGCCAGUUGUCUUAGGAGAAAAAGUGCUUGUUGAAAAAGGUGAAACUGUUGUGAUUGAAGACGAGUCCCUUUCCAUAUCCGACACUGAUUCUGGAGCCGAGAACCUCAUAAUAAGUGUGGAGCAAGUGCCUCAGCAUGGCUCAUUACACAGGAAGAAGUCAUCAUCAGACUCCAUCAAGCAGAGUGAGCGCCUUGUGCGUGGCCAGUACUUCACCUUUCAAGACAUACUCAAUGGCUUGAUACUGUACAGUCAUGAUGGCUCUAAGUACCCUGAGGAUGUCAUGCAAUUUUUGGUGAGUGAUGGAAGUCAUGAAACAGGUGGCAUUGUGGAGUUUGAAAUAGUGCAGGAAAGAGACAUGGCUCCAAGAUUGAGUAUCUCCUCCAGUCUGACCCUGAGGGCUGGUCAGAUAGCUCUUGUAUCUCAGAAUCUUCUUAAGGCUGAGGAUGCUGACUCAGAAGAUGAAAAUAUUAAGUAUGUGAUCACUCGGCUGCCAGACUCAGGGAGCCUUGAAAUCUAUCACCUAGACUCCUGGCUGCCUUUGGGGCUGGGAUCAGUCUUCCUGCAGCAGGACAUUGAGAACGGUCACGUCCGGUUUGUGCAUCGUAAUGAUGCACAUAAUGAUGCUACAGAUGUGCUCAGAUUUAACCUUUUGGACUCAGAAGGGAACAUUAAUUUGGAUCAAGCACUGCACAUCACUGUGUUGGAAGAUCACAUACCUCCACAAGUAGUCACUAACACAGGCUUGACAGUCUUAGAGGAUGGUAGUAUUCCCUUCACACACCACCUGCUCUCAGCCACUGAUACAGAGGUUGACCCAGCAGAAUUACACUUUUCAUUGGUGAGUGGGCCUACUCAUGGAUACCUUUCCAUGGCAAGCUCCCCUGAUGAAGCAAUAUCAGGCUGGAGUCAGGAAGCACUGGAGACAGGUAGCCUGCUAUACCGCCAGCAUAGUGAGGAGGAAAGCACCACUGACCAUUUUGUCUUUACUGUAUCAGAUGGACCUAACAGCAUCACAGAUACUUUCCACAUCACCAUCACACCUGUGGACGACCAGAUUCCUAUUCUCACCACAAACGUCAUCAAAGUUCAAGAAGGAACAAGGAAAGUUAUCUCUGAGUUUGAGAUUCAAGCUACUGAUGCAGAUACUCAUGAUAAGCUUCUGGUGGUUAGGAUGAGUGACUUGCCACAACAUGGCUGGUUGGAGGUUGAUGGGAAACAGGAAGCAAAGGCCUUCACUAUGACGGAACUCUAUUCUGGGGCUGUGUCUUAUGUGCAUGACGGAUCAGCCUCCUCUCAGGACUCCUUCAGUGUAGUGGUCUCAGACUCCACUAACAGCCAGUACCAACAGGCAGGGAAGCAAACUCCCACUAGUGAACCAACCAUAAUUAAUGUAGAGGUCUCUAAGGUGGAAGAUGGCACUCCACUCCUUACAGUGAAUAGAGGACUUCACUUCCUACAGCAGGAAGCUGGAACCAAGGGAAAGAAUUUCAUCACAAGCCAUGAGUUGCUAGUGGAGGACAGAGACACUCCUCCAGAGAAGGUACAGAUAAUAGUAACAGCUGAGCCAACUCAUGGACAGCUGCACCUCACCUCUCAGAAGCAACCUGUGUCUUCUUUUACACAAGCUGAUAUAACAGCAGGCCACAUCUACUAUGAGCUCACUGCCCACUCCCACCAAGUGUACAGUGAUCAUUUUAGCUUUGAAAUAAGAGAUGACAAAUCCAGUGUUGUACCUGACAAUAUUUUUCACAUCCAGUGGUCUUUGUUUGUCAUGGGUCACAAACAGUACAGUGUGAAAGAAACUGAAAAAGAAAUUAAUAUUCUAGUGAGGAGGAUUGGUAACUUGAAGCAGCAGUCCUCAGUGACCUGCAUCACACAUGGAGGGUCUGCCAGAGGGCGUACCAAAGGAACACAGCAGUUGGACUUCAGACCUGUUUCAAGCCCUCUCCAGUUUGCAGAGGGAGAAGCAGAGAAGUACUGUGUUGUGACCAUUCAGGAUGACGACAUUUAUGAAGGCUCUGAGACAUUCAGUGUGCGGCUGGCAGAACCAAGCUAUGGACUUUUGGGACGGCCCAGAAAAUCAUUGAUAACCAUUAAUGAUAGUGAAGAUAAACCUUUAGUCAUGUUUGAUUCUAGUCAUUUUAUUGUAAGUGAGACUCAAGGCUUCAUCAUUGCUGGAAUGAGACGUUAUGGAGACACGAGUGUUGGAGUAUCUGUGAUGUGUGUCAGUGAGGAUGGAACUGCCAUAGGUUCUCAGCCAAACUAUUUAGCUAAUGGAACAGACUUUAUUCACCGUUUACAUGAUGAAUCUUCUACGGUUGUGUUUGCUCCUGGCAUUACAAAUUCCUCAUGCACUGUGAAAAUCAUAGACGACCAUGUUUUUGAAAUGAAUGAAGAGUUUUUCUUAGUGUUAAAAGAUCCAUCUGAAAACACAGCACUUGGAGAGCAUUGGAGGGCUUCUGUUACCAUCAGGGGACCAAAUGAUGAGAGCAGAAUUGGUUUCAGCCAAACUGAAUAUAUUGUGUCAGAGAGUGAUGAUACAGUAAGUCUUGGAUUGGAAAGAACUGGAAUGGAUCUGAGUCAUACCUGCAGUGUGUGGUGCACCACCACAGACAGCUCCCAGCUGGAGGCUCAGCCUUCACUUGACUUUGUACCCCAUUCAGAACAAAUCAAUUUUACUGCUGGUCAAAGAAGUGCAAACUGCUCUAUACAACUGAUUGAUGAUAAACUGAAUCCCAAAGUGGAGGGAAGGGAACAAUUUAUUGUGUCUCUCAGCACUGGGCAGAAUGCCUCUGUUAGUAGCAGCAGCUCAAAGGCUGUUGUGAUACUGACUGACAAGGAGGACAUUCCCUCAAUACAGUUUGGUGCAGCAGAGGUUACAGUGCGAGAGAACCAGACCAUGGUUAGGGUUCCAGUGAUACGUUCGGGUGACUUGAGUCAGAAGUCUUAUGUUCGGUGCUCAACACGCCAGAGGUCAGCCAAAGCAAACGUAGAUUUCAUAGAACGACCCAAUACAAAGGAUUCAGUCAUCAUAUUCCAUAAAGGAGUCUCAAGGAUGGAGUGUGAAGUGAGCUUGAUAGAUGAUAUAAUUUAUGAAAAGGAAGAAAAGUUCAUUGUGAAACUAUCUCAUCCAGAUUCUGCAUCUAUCUUCCGUCCCCACCUUGGAGAAGACAGGGUGGCGCAAGUCACUAUCGUAGACUGGGAAGAUCGGCCAAGAGUGUCACUUGAACAUGGUGCAUAUACCACCACUCAGCCCCCUGCCAUUACUCCUGCUGUCCCCUUCCACAUCCCCAUCAUCAGGGUGGGAGACUCAUCUCAGGUGUUGUGGAUGAAUGUGUCCACCCAAGAUGGCUCAGCUGUGGCUGGAGUGGAUUAUGAGGCACUCAGCACACAAGUGGAAUUUGUCCCUGGGAAUGCCAGAAUGGAGUUGGAGGUGAUGCUGCUGCACAACCCUGGCAACAAAGCACCACGGACAUUCACAUUACUGUUGACGCCUGAGGACUUCACCAAUACUCAGCUUGGGACUCUUAUAUCCACAUCCAUCACUGUUUUGCCACGUGUGGAUGGACAGGGAUGGAUUCUCCCAGCACCACCUGUUGUUGUCUCCCUUCCUUACUACCAUGAUGUUGCAGAGUAUGUAAAGAAACCUGCCAGCCCUGGCCACCCUCUGGUCUGUGUGACUCCCUGUGAGGCCAGCUACCGGAGCAAUGUCACGUCAGAAAUGUGUGCCGAGGCAGGAAUCAACGUUUCCUCCAUCCAGUACUCAUGGGAGGUGGCUGUUCCUGCUGAGGGAGGUAGUGGCUUCACUCCCUUCUAUUCUCUUUCAGAUGAUACAAACUUUGCAAACUCACACAGCAAGGUCCUUGAAUCCAUGUUCUUUGCACGGCACUUUUGGGUUCGGUGUAUUGCCACUCCCACCCAAGGCGAAGGUACACAUGGCAUUCCUCUGCGAAGUGAGGCUGCAACAAUCGGAAGCCAGAAUGGGGUGUGUGAGGCAGUGAUGGCUCCAGGACUUGCUGGUGGGCUGCAGGGUCAGUCCUUCAAGGCCUCCCUCACUUAUAUUAAUGCCUCUGAAGAACAUCAUCCCAACACUAUCAAAGUCCAUAUUGAAAUUCCCCACCAAGACGGCAUGGUUCCUUUGAUAUCAACUCUUCCUCUACAUAAUGUUCGCUACCUGCUGACAGAGGAGGUGUAUCGCACACACCACCGCUGCUCCAACCUAGAUGCUGCUGGAGGAUUCUUGAGAGCUCUGCAGUCUCCCGAUUCUCACAAAGGGUACCAGGCUGAGAGGGAGAGUAGUUCCCUACAACUUUAUCAGCACCUUGACAUGAAGAAGUGCUUGUGGACAUUUUCUGCUUGGUUCUCAAUGUCAGAGUUGGUUGACCGCUGUGGAGGGCAGGUGAUAUCAGAUUUCCAGGUUGGAUCAAGUGGUCAGAGUUUCCUGACUGUACGCGUUCCUCUGUACAUCUCAAGAAUCCAUGCCACAUCUCCCCCUGGCUGGGCGUCCCUUGACCACCGCACAGAGCUUUCAGUGUCACUGUACUAUAACACUCUACUGUGGCACCGUGGGCCCGUCACUGAGCCUUCCCUCACUGCCAGGGUGCAGGUGAGAAGGAUGUCCCUGGAUGACUCUGGACGACUGGUGAUUGACAUAACAACUCAAGCAAAAUUCCGAGGUCAGUUUGUGAUGCAACAUCCUGAUCUAAAGCAGUAUAUGUCCCGCCUCGUUCCGCCAGCCCACCUGGAAACACAUUUCUCCUUGGAGCUCCUGUGGUCAGCUUCUACCUGGGAGGGACCUGAACAGGCCUGGCGAGCAACCAGCACCUACAGUCUGCCAGACUAUACAGGGGAGUACAAACUUGAAUUGAUGGCUUGCACAGCACCCCAAGCUCAAGCAUAUGCUGCUGUUGAUCCCCCAGCCUGCAUGCCCCAUCAUCCUCAGGCCUUCCCUCUGCCACUGGCCAUUCAGCAAAGCCACCGUCCUGUGCCUCUGGUUUACACUCUCAACACAGUGUUCCAGCUGCUCAACACUCCUAAUCUCUUUCUCCAGGAUCCUCGAGAAGUGGAUAACUUGCAGAAGGUUGACUACACAGGCAGUUUUGGUCCAGGACAGACUAUAUAUGGCCGUGUGCUGUGGCAUCCCAGUCAGGACCUUCACUCAGCAUACCAGGUGUACAUUCAGCGUGUCUACCUCUGUGCUGGUGCUGACGGGUAUAUUCCUACAUAUGAUCCAACAGGAGAGCUUUACAAUGAAGGUCCUCAGUACGGCUGCCUCAAGCCCUCCAGCACACUGAAGCACAGGUUUCUUAUUCUGGAUCGGGAGCAGCCCUAUGCAAGUGAAGCCAAUUUAAGCCUUCCAGGACUGAAAGCUCAUUUUGCACGUGACCUUCCUGAGUUUUCCUCUCUUAAGCAGCUCUCUGGAGUGGAUGGCUUCCUCCUUGACACUGAUGGCUUGUAUCAGGUCAACUCAGGCCAUCAGUGGUACUUACAGGUGCUGUACACAAUUGGUCCACACAGUGAGCGGCCUCGUCGGGAGACAAGGUUCCACUCUGCAAUAACAAGUACAUUUUCACCUGAGCUCAGUGACACUUCGCUUGAAAGAGAAGUUGAACUCGAUAAAGUGCCUGAAGAAAAGACAGAAGAACUUCCGACUCCAUCUUUCUUGGCAUCUUUGUACACGAGAAAUGGAACAAACAUGCGAGGCUUUCAGUUAGAAUCAACAAUUACCACAGCACAAAAUUCUACUUUCCUUUAUGUAUUAUAUGCAGUGGUUGCACUUUUAGUAUUGCUAAUGAUUAUAAUUGGAGUAAUUUUAAUAGUGAAAAGAUUUUAUAAGAAAUCUGAAAAAGACAAGGUGAUUGUUGUGCGCAGCUUAAAGAAUGAACGUGAAGAGUUUAGAAGAAGGGGUGAAACAAAAGCAAUAGAAAGACCUAAAACACUGCCUCCCAAUAUGACAUUGAAUAGUGAAAGUAAUCUUCAGACUGUGAAAGUGAAGACAUUAGCAAUAACAGUAAGAAAUAAUCUAGAAGAUGAAGGAACUGAAGUGUAGUGUAUUUGAAGAAAUCACAAAGCAGUGUUUCAGUCAUUAAACUUGUGUGCACCUUGACUGCAAGUUGCUGCUCUAUGAUAUCAAUGGGUGAACAAGUUCACAGAGAUUGUAUGUAAUCACCAUGAAUGGGACUAGACCUGAAACUUUAUACUGAACAAUCUACUGAAUAUCUUCUGUGAAUACAAUGAAUCCUUGAUUUUCCAGAAUGUAUGACAAAUAGAUCUUUUUGUCAUAACUCGGCUUAUGUCUAUGAGUUUAUUUAACUGAAUUAUGUACUGAAUAUUUCUGUGAAUGUGGUGGACCCUCAUUUACGUGAACUAAAAGCUAGGAGGCUUGCAUGAAAAUUCCAAUAAUCUGGAUGUUUGAAAAUAGUACAAAUACUGGGGGAACAUUUUAUUACAGUUCCCCAAAAAGACAGAGUGAUGGUUAUGUAGGUUCCUGAGUGCAUCACGCUUGUGCUUGCAGAAGUCCCUUUCUUUGACCCCAACUGGCAUUCCAAUUAGCUGGACUCUUUUAUUGAUAAACUGGAUGUGUUUGUACUGAACACAAUUGACAGCAUUUACACACACACACACACAUGCAAAUAGUACUGUUAUUUUAUUAUGAUCUUUUAUUUUACUGUGGUGCAAAGAAAUAAGUAUCAUAAAGUUGGUGGCUUAUUCAACUCAAGAUUUCAAUUUUUUUAGUUUUGUAAAUUUUCCCAAAAUCUUAAAAAUUGAAAGUCACCUUGCCUCCCUCCCAUCUGUCGUCAUCAUCACAGAGCAGUGCACACACUGGAAUGGACCAUACUUGUAUAUUUUGUCACUGCUAAUGUUUGUAUUGUGAAUCUCAGGAUACUGAAAUUGAAAAGAAAAUCUGCAUUUUUUUUUUUUUUUUUUUUUUUU